AUGGGAUCGGCAUCGUUUCCGACCCUGGAUGCGCUUCAUUUCCCGUCUGCCCAACAGUCCAUCUCGCAGACACUGUCCUCCUUGCGUCGCUCGGCUCUGUCGGUUUCCAACCGGCUCCAGUCCAUUGAGGCGGACGCGGAAUUUGUGCGAGAAGCUGCAGACCACUAUGGUUUGCCGCUAGUUGCCAAUGAACGUUGUGGCAGCUGGUAUAUCUCGCCUGAUGCCAAGACAGGCAGCGCCUAUUUCAAGAGCACAGAUGGCCACACCGGCCAAUGGGACUUUAGCUUUCGUAGGCUGAACCUGCAGCUUCUCCCGCUGGCUAGGGAGCAUGGGGGGUUAGUUGAUUCCGUUUCUCACCGAUGUGUAAUUGUCGACUCAACCCGCCGAGGUAAACGUACGCUUACACCAAAGUCUACAGUGAUGCCAGAUGCCCUGUCGAAGACAAUCCCGAUCUGGUGCGCCGUGAUCAAUCGAGCUCUCUUCCCGACGCAGACAGAUUUCCACCCCGUGCAACUGCCACCCAACUUCCUCGGCGAAUCCGAGGAAUCACAGAUCGAAACCCGCAUCGAUGGCUUCGUUUCAUCGCUGAAGGGCCUCAAGCUCGACCUAGACCAGCUGCGGCAGCAGCUGGGGAAGCCCAUCCGUGUUGCAUGGGCCAAUCGCACGUAUUUCUAUCCGACAGAUCUGUCCAAGAACGAUGCCUAUAUCCUUUUUGUCUUGUGCUCCGCCUCAAAACGUGUCCAUGGUGCCGAGAUGUCCGAAGGUGGAUACAUCCAGGGUGCUGGUGACGACAGCGAGGGCUGGGCGCACGGGCUGACACCCCCGAUCUUUUGGGCGAAUCAGGCUGUUCUGAAGCAAACCCCCGAAGAAGACCUUCCGAAUCUUAUUGCUGAGUUAGUCAAGCAAUACCAACAACGGAGUGAUGGACAGGGUGCAACUCGGGUUUCUCCAACUCAGAACCUUUUCCUCGGUCAAACGAACGCAGCUGUGAAUGACAGCGGUCAGUAUGAUCUAGUCAUUGAUUGUAAUGGAAGUUCUGCUGCCGCGGAAGGCAACAAAAAGCGUCUGAAUUUAGGGUGCGGGUCGUUGAAGCUGGGCAGUCGGGAUCUACGCAAGGCCCUUGAUAAAGUCAAAGAGUUCGUCAGCGCGCAACUGGAAGCCGACACAUCGCGCUCACUACUGGUGACCUGCGAAACAGGAAAAGAUCUGUCUGCGGGAGCUUUACUGGCAAUUAUUUGCUUGUUCUACAAGGACGAUGGAACGUUUGAUAUCUCGCAGAGCAAGAACCUGAUCGGCAAGCAGUUUAUCCGACAGCGUCUCGCGUGGAUCGUUUCGUCGAAACAUGACGUGAAUCCGUCUCGCUCGACACUUCAAUCAGUGAACGCCUUUUUGAUGUCGUGA